AGAGUUCUCAUACAGCUAUGGGACAAAAAAGCAACUGGACCUUUACACCUUCUGCACUUCGGGUUUGGAAUGGGAUCAGUCCUCGCUCCGCAAAUAGCAAAUCCAUUCCUGGCAGUGUUGGCGCCGUCACUUGAAAAUGUCACUUCAACUGUAAUGCCAAAUAUAUCUCUCGUACAAAAUAUUUUGGUAACAUCGAUACAAAACACAUCACCCUUUCCGCGUACAAAUAGUACUAAUAAAAAUACUACAAUGGAAUAUCUAAAAGAAUCCAAGAUAGAGACAGCAUAUUUGAUUGUUGCAAUCGUCAUAGCUUCCGUAUCGAUUGUGUAUUAUUUUUAUCAGUUCUGUUCUCGGCAUAUAAUUUUAACUCCAGAAAAACAAGUUGACGCCAAGGAGAGUAACUUUCGGAAAGUUGUAAGAUUAGUCGAUCCCGCAACAUGUACAGAUGGUGAUAGAUGGUUUGGUAUUCAAAUUUUCAUUGUGUUAUUUUUGUGUUUCUUUAAUAUAGGCGGUGGUGACGCUUUGUAUGGAAAGUUUAUAAGAAGUUAUUCCAUAGACAAACAUAAAUUUUCAGGCGAUGACGCAUCCCUCAUAAAUACCGUAUACUGGAUAAGUUUUGCGGUCGGUCGAUUUAUUGGUAUAUUUACCGGACGGUUCAUACCAAUUCGUAUCUUACUUCCGGUUGAAGUGUGUGGAACUUUAGUUACAGGAAUUCUGUUAGAAAUUUUUGCGCAUGAAAACGACUUGGCAUUAUGGAUUUUAACUAUAAUGAUGGGAUUAUGUGUUGGGCCAAUAUUUCCUUCUGGCUUAGGUUGGGCUAAUGCUCACCUUGAGGUCACUGGAGUAGCCAUAACGUUUAUUGUUAUGGGUAUGGCUUUGGGUGCCAUGUCAUACCUUUGGGUAAUUGGAUAUCUCUAUCAGCAUCAUGGUUAUGACAUGUUUUUUCAUCAAAUGACAUUUUAUGGGGCAAUUGUUCUUUUCUUUACAAUUUUAAUGACAAUUAUAGUGAAAAUGCAUAGAGGGAAAUUUGAAAAGAGAGAAAAAGAUAUGCAAAUCGAACAUGAAAAGUCAGAAACGAAAGUAUAUGUGACAACAAGUGUUACAAAUUUGAUACCAGACUUCAAAGGCGUAACAUCUAAUGAACUCAAUGGAUACUAUAAUGGUCUCGAUUCUGAUAUAAUAGAAGACACAAGACUUUAA